AUGGGACGGUCCUUGGUGAAGUGGUUAUUGUGGGGUUUGAUAGUUCUAGUUCAUCUUCAUGGCCACAGAGGUUGCUUUGAAGAAGAGAGGAUGAGUCUGUUAGAAAUCAAGGAGGAGUUUGUGAGGUCCACCCCCAAUGCGACCAUCAGAUAUUAUCUUCCCACUUCACCUGCACGGGUCUAUAUUCUCCCUUCAUGGGUCGAUGACUACAAGAGUGAGUGUUGUGAGUGGGAGAGAGUCACCUGCAACUCCACCACCGGUCACGUGACCCAUCUCUCUCUCCACAAUAUCUGGGAAUUCGAUAUUGAACUGGAAGAAUCGAAUUAUUAUUUCUCUUUCAAAGAUAUGGUCUGGUUUCUAAACGUUUCUUUAUUUGAGAGUUUGAAGGAGUUAAGAAGUCUUGAUUUAUCUUUUAAUGGAAUUGGUGGUUGGAUUGAGCAUAAAGGUUCUGAAAGUUUAUUGAGAUUGAACAAGCUGGAGAGUUUAGAUCUUGAUGCUAACGUUUUCAAUCAGAGUAUCAUACAAUCAUUGAGGUUACUUACCUCACUUAAAAAUCUGAAUCUUUCUUCCAAUGCAUUGGAAGGAUCUCUGCCUACCAAAGAACUUUCGGUUUUUGAAGACUUGGAAAUUUUGGAUUUAAGUAACAACUGGCUCAAUGGCUCCGAAACAGUUCAAGGUUCUGUAAGUUUGUUGAGGUUGAAGAAGCUAGAGAGGUUAGAUCUUGGUUCAAACGGGUUCAAACGGAGUAUUAUACAAUCAUUGAGAUUACUUAAAUCACUCAAAACUUUGAGUCUUCAAUCUAAUCGUUUGGAAGGAUCCUUUCCUACUGAAGAUUUCAAAAAUUUGUCGAAGCUAAGCAAGUUGAAGCACCUAGACCUCGGUGGCAAUCAUUUCGACAAAGGGAUUUUAAGAUCCUUGGGUGCACUGUCAGCGCUUACAUCCUUGAAAUUGGAUUAUACUCAAAUGGAGGGCCCCCUUUAUGACCAAGAUUUUGCUAGUCUAAGAAGCUUGGAGGUCCUCAAUUUAGGAGGCAAUAAUUUCAAUGGUUCCUUGCCAAAAUAUCUUGCUAAUCUAAGAAGCUUGGAGGUCCUCAAUUUAGGAGUCAAUAAUUUCAAUGGUUCCUUUCCAAAAUGUUUAUGUGGACUCAAAAAACUUGAAGAGUUAGAUCUUAGCUGGAAUUCUUUUGAAGGGACCCUUCCAUCUUGCCUAUACAAUUUGACAUCUCUUCAACAGUUAGAUCUCAAACAGAAUCAGUUCCGAGGUUCUACAGGUAUAUGUGGACUCAAAAAACUUGAAGAGUUAGAUCUUAGCGGGAAUUCUUUUGAAGGGACCCUUCCAUCUUGCCUAUGCAAUUUGACAUCUCUUCAACAGUUAGAUCUCAAAGGGAAUCAGUUCCGAGGAAACAUUUCAUCUUUGAUAGCUGGCCUUACCUCCCUUAAGUACAUUGAUCUCAAUCAUAAUCUUUUUGAGGGUUUGUCAUUCGGCUCAUUUGCUAAUCAUUCUAAGCUUGAGUUAUUUCAAUUUGAAUGUCUUGAUAACGAGAAGUUUGAUAUAGAAACAGAAAAUUCAGACUGGGUACCCUUAUUUCAGUUGGAGUCUUUAGUGAUAUCUAACUGUUCUCUGAAUAAGCUAUCCCAUCAACUUCCGACAUUUCUCUUUCACCAGCAUAGCUUGAGAAAACUUGAUCUUUCACACAAUGGGUUGAAAGGACCGUUUCCUGAUUGGUUGUUUAGAAACAAUACUAGGCUAAAAUCUGCCUUUCUUAACCAUAACUCUUUCACGGGUCAUUUUCAUUUGCCGCUGUGUCUUAACUCUACUUAUGUGAUAGAUAUGUCAAACAAUCAGCUCAAUGGAAAGCUUCAACGAAAUAUUGGGGAGAUCCUACCAAAUAUACGGAACCUACUGUUAUCCAAUAAUUCUUUCACAGGUUCUCUCCCAUCCUCAUUUGGUAAUAUGAGUCUCUUGGGCACACUCGACGUGUCCCUUAACAACUUCUCCGGAGAAGUACCAAAGGACUUAUUUGUCGGUUGCUCCAGGCUGUGGACCUUGGUGUUAUCCAAUAAUUAUUUUGACGGCCAUUUAGAUUGGGUACAUUUAUUUAACUUAUCUGAGCUACAUAUUUUAAACAUAAAUCAUAAUCAGUUCUCCGGAGCUAUGCCAAAUGAAUUACCCAAUUCCGUGGCUAUUUCUAUCUUGGAUGUUAGCAACAACAAAAUGUCGGGUAGGAUUCCUACUUGGAUAUGCAAUUUAACAGAUGUUGAUGGUAUUCUCAUGCAAAAUAAUAAUUUUGAAGGUCAAAUUCCAUGUGAAACAAUUACAUCUGAGUUUUUGGACCUUUCUCAUAACCUCCUUGAUGGAUCUUUACCUUUGUGGUCAAGCACUCGGUUAAAACAUUUACAUUUGGAAGAGAACAACUUUUCAGGAUCAAUACCAGAACCAUUUCUCAAUAUGUCGGAGCUUUGGACAUUGGAUCUCAGUGAUAAUAAAUUGUCAGGCAGCAUUCCCAGUGCAAUCAGUAAAACUUCCAACUUAAAAAUUUUGUUGCUGGGAGGAAAUCAUUUGAGUGGCAAUAUUUCAACACAGUUAUGUCAACUGACCAAUAUAACUUUAAUGGAUCUUUCAAGAAACUUAUUUUCCGGGACAAUACCUCAUUGUUUUGGACACACACUGUCUUUUGGUAUUUUUGAAAUUUAUUGGGGUACUGAAUUUGUUACUCCUAUUACUCCCUUCGAUGGUACUCACGAUCUUGUGUAUAACCUAGAAGUUGAAAUUAACUUUGUUACCAAAUAUAGGCUUAGCUCUUACAAGGAUCACAUUCUUACUUACAUGUCAGGUUUGGAUUUAUCUUGUAACAAUCUAACAGGUGAAAUCCCACUUGAACUUGGACAGCUACAAAGAAUUCAUGCACUAAACUUGUCUCACAAUCAAUUGACAGGUUCCAUUCCAAAAUCUUUCUCAGACUUGACUAAUGUAGAGAGCUUGGAUCUUUCUCACAAUAGAUUGAGUGGAGAAAUUCCUCCACAAUUGAUUGAGCUUACCUUUUUGGAGGUGUUUAGUGUUGCAUAUAACAACUUAUCAGGUAGGACCCCAGAUAUGAAAGCCCAAUUUGGAACUUUUGAUGCAAGCAGUUAUGAUGGAAAUCCAUUUCUUUGUGGACUGCCAUUGGAGAAAAAUUGCACCAAGAUAUAUGAUUCUCCAACGCCAAUGCAUUCCUCGGAUGUAAGUGAUGAGAAAUGGUACAAAGUUGAUCAAACGGUGUUCUUCACUAGCUUUUCGGUAACUUACAUCAUGUUUUGCCUGGGAGUAAUUACUGUUCUUUAUAUCAACACUCACUGGCGACUGUGGUGCUACAAUUUGGUUGAGGAUUGCAUGUAUUCUUGUUAUUUUUCUAUUGCAAUUUCUCUACGUAAGUUAUCAGCCUAUUUGUAUAAUUAGCUAAGGUUGCUUCCUCAAUAUCUAGGAACUUUUAUUGUAACGAAUUUUAUAUCUAUGUUGAUGAAUGAUGGACUGAGAGCUUAAGAAG